AUGGCCUCCCCUGUUAAGACUGUUGUACAGCAGGCCCAGUACCCUGUCCAGGUCUCUGCCAGUCUGGUGUCCUCUUCCUCUAAACCUGGAGCAGAUCCUGUCUUCAUUAAAGGACUAUCCACCCCGUUUUCUUCCAGGACCACCCCAGCCUCUAGCACAGGGUCUGUUCCAGAUAGAUCAACCAUGACUCAACCUAAAUCUCCCAAGUCCACAGCCAACAUGUACAACUCUAGAUUACCCUUAAAAUCAGUCCUGUCCUCAUCAUCCUCCUCCCCUGUCAGAACCAUCGCUGGUCUGUCCUCAUCCUCCUCCCCUGUCAGAACCAUCGCUGGCCUGUCCUCAUCCUCCUCCCCUGUCAGAACCAUCGCUGGUCUGUCCUCAUCCACCUCCCCUGUCAGAACCAUCGCUGGCCUGUCCUCAUCCUCCUCCCCUGUCAGAACCAUCGCUGGCCUGUCCUCAUCCUCCUCCCCUGUCAGAACCAUCGCUGGCCUGUCCUCAUCCUCCUCCCCUGUCAGAACCAUCGCUGGCCUGUCCUCAUCCUCCUCCCCUGUCAGAACCAUCGCUGGCCUGUCCACUACUUCAGCUACGUCUAAGGUGAAGCCCCUCCCCUCUCUGUCCUCACCAGCCCACUCCUCAGAAGCCUCUGCUAUGGUGAAUGGAUUAGUUUCUCCCAUGAAGUACGCCUCUUCUUCUCAGUCCUCCUCCCCCUCUCCCUCCUCCCCCUGCUCCUGUCUGCUCUCUGAUAGGUCUAUCAGUCUGCAGGAGAGGAUACAGCCCGCCCCUCCCACUGCCACGUCCAAUGUUAGAGCAGCUAUAAAUGAGGCUGAAAGGACUUUUAACUCUUCGGGGUACGGAACACUCAAAUCAGUGUCCUCCUCACGUAGAUCGGACAACUCAACGUCUGUCUACGGCUCUAUGAGGUCUCAAACCUCUUCCACCACCUCAGCAACAUACAAUACAAUGACUGUACCAGUGUACUCUUUUCUCGAUGUUGUGACCGAGUCCCAAGUGAAAAAAGGGCCGGGGUCGCUGAAGAUGUCGCCUGCAGACUCUCGCAGGUCAAAGACGGCAGUGAAGUCCCCUCCUUACAUCACCCCCCCAGGGCUCACUCUAACCCCGCCCUCCUCCCUGUCCUCCAAUCAGGACAUCCUGAAAGACGUGGCCGAUAUGAAGGAGGACCUGAUCAGGAUGACGGCCAUCUUACAGACUGACCCCAGAACGGCCAGGAACGUUCCGUCUCAGACCCCUAAAGAGCCUAAGGUGGAGGAUGAGGAGCCCUUCACGAUAGUAGAGAAAGUGAAGGAGGAUCUAGUUAAGGUCAGUGAGAUACUGACCAAGGAUGUGGUGAGUGAUAGUCAAGCCUGUAGAGGGAAGCCCUCUGAGGAGGAGUGGGAGGAAUUCUCUAAAGAUGAGUUAGAGGAAGCCCAGCAAAGUGCUGAGGAAUUCUUUCACCCCCCAUUUGACGCUAACACCCUCUCCUUUAGGCCCCAGUCUAUGCCCAGUAAAGAGUUUAAUCUAGCCCAGGUUGUUGACUACCUGGCCAAUGACAUAGGCGCUAGUUCUCUUUCUAAGAUGGCCGAGAUGAAGAGCCGAUAUGAGGAGGCGAAAAGGGAAGGGGAGGACAAACAGAAACUCAAGAAACUCAAGAUGCCGCCGCCCCCAGGCAUGCGCACCUCUGCCUCGGAGAAAGACUUAUGUAAACUAGCAGAGACGUAUAAUGGACCUGACGCCAUAUUGGAGUCACCAGAGGACUUCUCUCAUGAGCAGGAUAAGAGUCCUCUGUCAGACAGCGGCUUUGAGACCAGGAGUGAAAAGACUCCUUCAGCCCCCCAAAGUGCAGAGAGCACAGGGCCCAAACCCCCCUUCACUGACCCCAUCCCCCCCUGCAUCACCGAGACUAGGACCGAGGUGGUCCAUAUCAGGAGCUACGAGCGCCCAGACGGACCCGGUGAGGCGCUGAUGGAGGAGGCAGCCUCAGCAUCGCCGGCUUGCAUUGAACCAGAGGUCUCCGCCGCCUUCAUCAAAGACAAAGUCAAAUCAUUCCAGAUUAAAGUGUCUGACGACUCUGACUCUGUCGUUAGCAAGAGCAUGAGGCUCAAAGAGGAGACCCACAUCACCACCACGACGCGCAUGGUUUACCACAAGCCGCAGCUGAAGGACGGCUCUGAGAGGAUCGAAGAGACCAUGUCAGUCAGAGACAUCAUGAAAGCAUUCCAGUCCGGAAGGGACCCCUCCAAGGAACUAGCUGGACUGUUUGAGCACAAGGCUGGCCAGGACUCUGUCAAAGGGGAUGAACUCACCCCUAGGUUCCUUGAUAACGACACUAAAGCCAAUAGAAUAAUGGAGGUUCACAUAGAAAAAGAAGGAAACACAUUCCAACCAACUGAGGUGAUUAUCAGGGAGACCAAGAAUCAUCCAGACUCUUAUUUCUAUAAAGGAGACAGUAGAAUCCAAGAACUGCCUAAUUACAACGAGGCGCAGCAGGAAGGGGAGGAGCUUACUGCUGAUGACAGCCGGCCCAGCUCCGCUCAGCUCAUGGCCGAUGACUCCUAUCACGAUGACGAGCUCUCUGAACUCAGGGGAGAGUCUUACAGGUUCGCUGAGAAGAUGCUCCAUUCUGAGAAACUAGACAUAGCCCACUCUGAUACAGAGGACUCUAUGGCCGACCAAACACACCGUAUGACCUCAGAGUCGCAUGGGGCAGAGAGCGAUUACGGUGAGAAAGGGGCUGUGCCCAGGAAAGAGUUCACUUUCAAGUCAUCAAAGGAUACAUCCUUUAAGUCAGGUAAAUGUUCACAUAAGGAUGACCAGUUUGACAAAGUGACAGUGUUGCAUUACACCGCAGAGCCAGGCAGUCCAAAACAUGCCGUUUGGAUGCGCUUCACCGAGGACAAGCUGGACAGGAACAGAGAGAAGCUCAUCUACGAGGACCGCGUGGAUCAAACUGUCAAGGAAGCGGAGGAGAAACUAAGCGAGGUCUCUCAGUUUUUCCGUGACAAAACUGAGAAACUGAACGACGAGCUGCAAUCCCCGGAGAAAAAGCCUCCAAAGAGAGACCCCAGGGAGACCAGGUCUGGGCCCAGCUCCACCUGUGGUAGCCCAGAGAAAACCCAGCAGAAAGCCAAGGCAGAGGGGGAGGAGUGGGGCAAGGGAAGGGGGAACAUACUGUUCAGUAGUACGACUGAGAGGAAGAGCUCUAGUCUACCCAACAGUCCAGAGAGAGCUGUUCUCUCCCGCUUCAGUGAGGAGACAUCCAAACAGCAGACAAAGGUGGAGGAAUGGUCUGAGCCAAGCCAUGUUAAAGCCUCCACCUCUAAAGUGAGCUCUGUUAGGAUGAAGUUUGAAUCAGAGGCACAGAACCAAGAUAAGAGGAGUUCUCAGCUAGUACAGUCCACACCCCCAGUCAGCAGGCUGCAGGAGAGCAAACUGCCGGUGGAUCAACUGUUCACUGGAGGAAAGACAACUAAAGGGUCUGAGGCCACAGAGGAAGGAAGUCCUUCUAAAAAGAGUCCAGAGAAACCCAAAGGACCUGCCUCAAAUAGCAGUAAGUCAGUUGUCUCAUCAGCUGCCCCAAAACAAUCAGGAGACAAACGGACUAAUAAGAACCUACUAUACACCACAGCCCAAAAACACCUAACAGGGCAGACUGAUAAAGAACCAGAGGAAACAACCCCAAGGCAGACUGAUAAAGACCCAGAGGAAACAACCCCAAGGAGCCAGGAGAGGAUUGGGACCCCAACGAGCCAGGAGAGGAUUGGGAUCAGUAAGGGUGGAAAGGGACCAGCAUCACAUGACACACCCAAGGAGAGAAGUGGUGAAGGUGAAAAAGCAGACGUUUCCGGAAGGGAUUCUCCUUCCAGACAGGUCGCAUCAAGUCCCACAACCAAUAGGGUUGCUCAUUCUGAACCUGUGUCUAAAGACUAUGGGGAUGCACCAAACAAGAAUGUUAGAAAAAGGCCAGAGUCCCAGAUCCCAGUCAGGUCUGUGUCUAGUCACUCAGACAGCGAUCAGUCAAAGAAAGCAAAACAAGACACAGUAAUUAAGCCAUCUGAAAAGACAUCCCAAAUCCCCAUACUAACUAUGAACAGAAUGCAGGUCAGCCCAGUAACAAGCCCUAUAAAGACAGAAGAACUAACAGACACGUCUCUAGAAAUAUUAGAUAACGCACCAAAAGAUUCUAACUUGAACAAUGUGCGUGACACUUGCACAAGAGAAAAACAAGAGAGAUUAGCAUCAGAGACAACCACCACCAGAGAAAACUUCAAAAGCAUCAAAACAUUACCUGUGUAUGUGAGUGUCCAGGUGGGUAGGCAGGGAGAAAGAGAGGGCAGAGGAGGGGUACUGUACAAACAGAAACAGCCCUCAUCGCCUCAGGCCAGUCCUGAUGAUGACACGCUAGAGCAGGUCUCUUUCAUAGACAGCUCAGGGAAGAGUCCCCUCACCCCAGAGACCCCCAGCUCAGAGGAGGUCAGCUAUGACCUCACCUCCAGAACACCAGACUCCAUCCUGGGCUUCAUGCCCUUCCAGCCCAGCCCUAUUCCAGAGGUCUCUGAGGACUCCUCAGAGGACGAGCAGGGCCAGGACCUUUCCUUCAAGGACUUCCCACCAGAGAGACCUAAUGUCACAGCAGCUGACCUUAAGAAUGGAAACCACCAGGCUGGACAGACGCCUAAAGACAAAGGAGUAGCGUACAUCCAGUUCCCCCCUCCGCCUCCCCUGGACUCUGAGCAGUCCAGCCCUGAGAAGAAGAAGAAGGAGGGAUCAUGUGGUUCCUUGGAGACGGAGAUGAUGGAGGUCAAUCUCCAGGAAGAGCAUGAUAAACACUUCCUUACGGAGCCCAUCAUCAGAGUCCAGCCCCCCUCCCCGGUCCCCCCCGGGGCUGACGACAGUGACUCUAGUGAUGAUGAGUCCGUCUUCCAGCCCCUCUCCUUUAAGAAAUACACCUUUAAGAUCUCAGAGGGGCAGGAGCAGGAGGACAAGAGUGGGUCCAAAUCCCCAAAACAGGAUAAAAACAGAAACAACAAAGAGCCAGGAACUAACAGAACUAAUGGAAGUAAUGGAAUUUACGAAGCUGGUAAAACAGUGGAGUACGACUCUGAACAGAAUGGAAACGACCAGUCCAUAACAGACUGUUCUAUCGCCUCGACGCCAGAGUUCUCUCAUGACACUGACGCUACUGAGAUUGACUCCCUGGACGGGUAUGACAUGCAGGAUGAGGAUGAUGGUCUGUGUGAGAUGGACACUAAACCCUUCAGCCUGCCGGACAGCAGGAAGGACGUGUGGGCCUCAGACAGCAUGCUCCGGUCCUGCGACCGCUCCUUCAGUCAGACCAAACUAGAGGUCAUUGAAGAGGAAAAAACACCGGAGGAGGAAUGCAGAAAGGCUCAAGCUAAAAGUGAUCCAGUUGACAUUAAAACGGAUGGGGCCAGCUCUCAGGACCAGAAGGACAAAGAUGGGUUUUCUGAUACGUACUUUAGUUACAAGCUAGAGGAGGCGUUUGACUCUCCAUUUAAAACUGUUGCUACUAAAGGUCUGGACUUUGACCCCUGGUCCAGUAAAGGAGGUGACGAUGAAGUGGUUGACGCCAGGAUAAAAGACGACGAGCCGAAGCCGUUUGGGCUGGCAGCAGACGACAGGUCACAGGCCACGACCCCAGACACGACCCCUGCCAGAACCCCGACCGAUGAUAGCACCACGCCGACUAGCGAGCCUAACCCAUUUCCCUUCCAUGAAGGGAAGAUGUUUGAGAUGACUCGCAGUGGUGCGAUUGACAUGAGCAAGCGGGAUAUUGUUGAAGAGAGACUGCAGUUUUUUCAGAUUGGUGAGCAUAACUCUGAAGGGACGUCAGGGGGCGUAAGGGACUGGGUCAGAAGGUCAGGUGUAAUCAUGUCACAGACUAGGGUAAAGGCCCCUAAUGAGGCCCCUGUUUUGACAAGCCCCUGA